AUGACAAAAACUCUGGUGGAAAAAAUACUUAGUGGAAAACAAGCGAAGAUUAAAGUAACAAAUACGACUGAAGUGGCAAUUAUCAUUCAAGAUUCACCCAUUCCAUUAUCCGCAACAUGCACGGCCUCGGCAUGUGAGCGUAAAAUUAAUGGUGGUGGAAGCAGCAGUAGUAGUACAUCAGGUAGUGGAAGCUCAAGUGGAAAUUCAGAUACAAAGAGUCACGUUUGGAUCGUUAUUGCAGCAUGUGGAGCUUUCAUUCUAUUGUUGAUACUAUGUGGAUUCACGUGCUCGUACUGUCUGACUGCAAGUAUUGAACGUCAACAGACGGAAGACGUGGAAGCAGAAUUACGCCAAUUUACGUCACAAACAGCAAGUAAACUUGAGUUUUCUCAUGUGAGCUGCUAUGCAGAUACUGGACAAUUGUUGUCAAUGGAAUACUUACUAUCGAGUAAGUCUAAAUGUAUUUUACACAAGGUUUCAGGCAGUGCAUCACGUGGUCAAGUACUUGGUUUAUUAGGACCUAGUGGGUCAGGUAAAACGACCUUGCUAAAUGCUCUUGCAGCAGUUGAGAAUGGACUUUCACAGUUUACUGGGGAAUUGUUACUCGAUGACAAACGCCUGACAAACGGAUAUCGACGUAUUGCUGCCUAUGUGCAGCAGGAUGACUCACUGUAUUCAACACUGACUGUGCGUGAAUGCAUUUCAUACUCGGCACAACUUCGUCUUUGUGCGACACUGUCUGACAAAGUAAAGAAUGCAAUGGUUGAUCGUGUCAUUGCAGAGCUCAAUCUUAGCCAUAUUGCAAAUUCGCGGAUUGGAUCAGCAGGAGGAAAUAGUGGUCAGCGCGGGGUAUCUGGCGGUGAGAGAAGACGAGUGAGCAUUGGCAUGGAGCUUGUAAUAUCCCCACGGAUUCUCAUUCUUGACGAGCCUACGUCUGGACUGGACAGUUCUUCGGCGCAUUCGGUUGUACAACUUCUGAAGGAUCUGGCAGGUCACGGACGCAUCGUGAUUCUCAGUAUCCAUCAGCCAAGCGCACGAUCUUUCUUGCUGCUUGACAAGAUCAUGCUGCUCGGGAAGGGCAAACUGCUUUAUAGUGGAGGGCCCGCAGAGUCCAAAAAGUACUUCCAAGAUCUCGGUUUCAAGUGUCCGAAGCACGAAAACAUUGCGGACUUUAUCCUUGACAUCGCGUCCGAUUCGAGAAACAUACCGAUGAUUCGGUGUCACAUGAAACAAGAGCCGACAGAACCAGCAAAAGUGUCUUCAAGGUCUUGCACUCACCUGCAGAACAUUCCACCGCAGCUUGCAAUCGACAGCCCUAUGGCACAGUCGGAGACGCUGCCGCUUAUGGAGGAGGACUUGUCGCUGGACACCCCGCGAGUCAACAAUUUGCUGGCUUCACCUGUCGAAUCAGCAAGAUUCGAAGAACCAAGAACAGAUGAGCUACCAGCGCCAUUACCUGCAGCUGUUGCGGAAACUAGAAUGGAUGCAAUUGGUAUUGCUAUGAAGACUCCAUCCCAUUCGAUCCUGAUUGAAAUUCGCGUGCUAUUUGUGCGUACGGCGCAGAACAUCCUUCGACACCGAUCGUUGCUAGUGCUGCAUAUUGCCCUGAGCUUGUCGUUGGCUCUGUUUGGUGGCUUGAUCUUCAAUCACGUUACCAACGACCUCGCUGGAUUUCAAAACCGCAUGGGCGCAUUCUAUUUUAUUCUCACCUUCUUUGGCUUUGCAAGUAUGAGUUCCAUGGACCUGUUCAUCAGUGAGCGCCCAAUUUUCCUUCGUGAGACUGGUGCCAUGUACUAUGGAGCGUUCAGCUACUUUCUCGCCAAGGCCACGUUGGACACAUUGCUGUUGCGAAUACUGCCAGCUUCGCUCUUCGCGAGCAUCUUCUACUGGAUUAUGGGACUUCAAGCUUCAACAGCGCGCUUCCUGUUGUUUUCUCUGACGUUGGUGCUUUUUAAUGUUGCAGCUGGUGCAAUUUGUCUUCUUGUGGGUGUAUUAUCAAGACGCGUUGGGUCUGCAAACCUUGUUGCAACUGUUGUCCUUCUUGUCAUGCUGUUGUUUGGCGGUUUCUUGCUCAACUCACAAACAAUGCCAACAUCAGUGUGCUGGUUGAAACAUCUUUCCGUUUUCAGCUACGCAUUUGAGAUCCUCAUGACGAAUGAAUUGAAAGGUCUAAUUCUGAAGUUUGAUGCUCCUGGGUACCCGGCCGUGCCUGUCUACGGUGAAGUUUACCUCAAGACACUUGGCAUGGACUAUGCGAACCGGUACUACGACGUGGUAGCUCUCGCUCUAAUUGCAGUGAGCCUGCAAGUACUUGCUUUCUUAUUUUUGACACUGCAAGUUCCACUCCAUCGUGACAUAGCUGAACAUGAUGAAGACGAUGACUUAUCAUCACCACACGAAGAAGUAGAAGUAUAG